ACAAAAGCUCCGAGCUUCCUAGGAAACUUCGGAGGAGGAAGACAGGAGCUCUGUUUGCCUAAAUAAAAAUGAUUAAUGUAGUUGUGCUAAGUUGAAUUUGUGUUUAGAUUCUGUCAGGUUUUACAUUAUAUAUAAAUGAAUUCCCAUCCUCAUCUCCAGCCCUCAGAGGUGUCUUCUUGCAAACAAAUAAAUUACUACGAGGUUUUUAUGAUAAAUAAAUGGUCGGAUGAUGUCUCUAUAUUGCCGCAGAACACAGAACGUUGAUAAUGAAAAUGACACUUCAAUGUCCUUGUUUAUUGGCAGUGAAAGGUCAGCUUAUGGUGUGAUCUGUCUACUGCAAGAAAAAUACCGGCAUUCUCAUGUGAUCUGUCCACUGCAUUUUCUCACCCGUAUUGCAAUUAGAGUACUUCAGAAUAAGUUAAACAAAGAAACUAAAUCUUUUUAGUAUGUCAUGAAUUAUAAUCAAAUUGAUGAAGAAUCUGAGGAUACUUACAAAUGAAUUUGUUAUUGAGGAUGAAAGAACCAUACUGAUAUUCAUUUCCAUGCAGCCAUGUUUGGAGACGGGCUAGAAUUUCUUUCUGCCCUGCUCUUGUCCACAAUGAUUUCCACAGGCAGUUGGGAACAGAUUUACAUUACUCAAGAUGGGUAUGGAUGCGUGGUACAAUGUAUCCAGGGCGAAUCAGGUUAAUGAUCAUCCUAACCAUGUAUCUUUGGUCAGUGUGGGAACACAAACCUGUUGGUCCUCAAGAUGAGACCCUAGACGGAGAGGGAAAUGUGCAACUUGGAUCCUCAAGACAGUGGACUCAGGUUUCUUAUCAUCAAAUUUAUAUCCCACAAAAAGGCCAGUAUCACCAACCAAUGAAAGCUGCUCUUCUGAUAGAUCAGCUUGACAGCGUGUAUGCUGGACUUUAUCACAUUGCUUUCCUAUUUUCACGCUAAAAUUAUCCUUAACAAAAUUUUCAAACUAAUAAAAGCAAUUACCAUAUUCUGGUCAGAUGAUAAAAGUAAUAAUUUCAACUGCAAAUUUAACAUAAACAUAAGUACAAUAGUGCAAAAAUUAACAUAAAUUUGUGAAUACUUUACCUUGAAGAGCAUCCAUGGCAGUCAAUGAAUUCCACAAAGCAGAAAACCAUAGCUCUAUCUCCACUCUGCAAUUUAGGUGUUAAGCAACACAAAGGCAAAGCAUCUGAGCAGAAUUAGGUAGGGGGGGUUAUCAUAGUAGUAAAUAUAUGAACAUCCCAUUUCAAUAAAGGCAAUUGAAUUGACAUAUCAGAGUUCUUUUAUUUGGCUAAACAAUGAAUUUCAUGACACAGCAGAGUUGGUUGCAACUGUUUUGCUUAAAGGUAACUAAAAAUUGGACAAGCAGUGAACUUUCAUGUCUCGGUUCCUUGUGUACAACUUUAAUAUCUUUGUAGCCAACAAAUGGACGGAAGAUAU